GUGUUAUUGUUCCUAUUCAAACACGUUCUACACAUGAUAUGACACGGCAUUAGAGUACUCAAGCCAGCACUCUACUCUAUGUCAGAAGCCUAUCUGACGUACUCGGGGUAUUAGCAGAAAGAACGCUGCUUAUAGAUUAUUGAUCAAAAUCAAAAGUCCGGCACAGUGUACAGGCGGGACUCGCCUCUGGUUGAAGAGAGUACCUGCUUUGGUGUACAUGGAGAGGGCACGACGCACAACAGCUCGACAUUGAGUGUGGUACUCACUUGUGUUGCAGGACGGUAGGAAGUGAAGGACAGGUCGAAGCGGAACUUGUGGAUGUUUACUUGUUUACAGUGGGACUAUUGUACAAGCAUGGCCGAUCAGUCCUUUAUCAUUGUUAAGUACGGAGAUGACCAGCAGGCGCUGUUCAACCCCUGGUGCACGACCCACACCCUCCUUGAGUGGAUCCGGAGAAAGUGCAACUGCUCUCACGACAUUACCAUUGACCUCAUUGACCAAGAUGGCCAGGUGAAGAAUCUCGCCGGAAGUAACGAAGAAUAUGCAAAUGAGCUGGUAAAUGGAAGAGAGACGUACAUCUUAAUACGGGUGGAAAAGGCGGGGGAGAAUGGCCAGAACCGAUACGUCUCAAUGUUGAACAACUUGGAACACGUCAACCCAGACUUGAUGGUCAAACUUAACAACCUCUCACGACCUGCCACAAGGAACCGAAAAGACCGCUUCAAGAAGACAACCAAAUCUGGAAAAAGCGGGUCAAAACCAGAUUCGCCAAACAAGCGACCGACGAGCAGUGAAAGGCGGUCCAAACUUGGCAAAUAGACUGCCAAGGCAUUCGGAAUCUUUCGGCUAAUGUAUGUUUGUUCUUGAUAAACAAUCGGGGUUGUCACGAAUGGGUGCUCGUUAAACUGAGUGUACGGAGCAAUAGUGGGGAUUAUGAGCUCGCGUCUAUACCCAGAGGGCUGUACCUUGCCAAACCAGACCGUCGACAACAGAUUACAUCAACCCGUCAUUUACUGCUAAACAUAGCCGUGCAAUACCCACAGGCUGGAAGAACUAAAGUAACACGUGACCUAUUACGUCACAAUGGAAUUGCCUUUGUGCACACGACACUAGUGGUAUAACCACCAGACAUACACGUGUAGGAACUGAAGGAUAACGAUAACCCUCAAAAGCAGCGGUUGGAAGGAACGCUCGAUGACUCCCUUUUAAAUGGAACAUUCAGGACUAGACUCAUAACGGGCAUACUGUACGGAAAGUAACGAGUUGUGACGAAUGCAAUUCACGUCACUGACCUUUUUGCUUUGAAUGUUCAUAUUGUUUCAAGACUUUGUCCCCGGUAUGGAUGUGAACUAUAUAUGUUUAUAUACCAUUUAUAUUCCAUUAUGCACUUGAUGUUCAUGUUUCAGUGCGGCUAUAUACGCUUACGGUCAAUCUCUACAGAUCAACCGAAUAGCGUGAAAUCUACUUCCGAGUUACUUCAGUACCUCCCGAGGUUAGGGUAGCCUAGUGGUUAAAGCGUUCACUCGUCACGCCAAAGGCCCGCGUUCGAUUCUCCACAUGGGUACAAUGUGUGAAGCCCAUUUCUGGUGUCACCACCGUGAUAUUGCUGGAAUAUUUCUGAAAGCGGCGUAAAAACCAUACUUACUCAGUAUCUCCUGAGAUCUUUUCGAGGGUUAUCUGGACGGAGGUUAAAGCUUGGCUCGUCGCGUGUCAGACGCGGGUUCGAAUCUACAUGGGUAUACAUGGAGCUAAUUCUUGAUAUUUCUUGACUGUGGAAUAUUGAUAGAAACGACGUAAAACUCUUCUCACUUAUUCCGGGUGUGAUUAGAGUCGUCAGAGGCAAGUUAGGGGAUCAGAUGGUCAGACUCAGUUACGUGGUUGAUUGCCUGUCGUCGUACGUUGAUCACUUUAUCAACCACUGGUUGUCUGGUCCGAUUAUAUACAGACCGCCGUCAUGUAGCUGGAAUAUUGCUGAGUGCGGCGUUAUUCAACAAACAAACGCUCGCAGCUCUAGUGCAUUUAAACACUGUCAGGAUUUGUAUUGGGUCAAAUGUUUUAGUUUAUAGAGCCAAUAUGUAUUUCCGAUUCGUGGCUUACGUUCCUUUGAUAGUAUAUAUGCCGUCCGUUAAAUGUUACAUCAACACUGUAUAAAUAACCCGUUACAUGUUACAUCAACAAUGUAUAAAUCCCCUGUGUACAAUAUGUAUUUGACCAAUUCUUACCAAUCUGGUUCCCUGUUGCUGUUCCGUCAGCCCCCUAACACGGACAUACCCUUGCUGUCUAUACGAGAGUGUAACGGUGUCACGCGCUGGGAAGGAGCUUGUAACACGGACAGCACCGUGUGGAACUGGGUGACUGUCAUUACGUUCCCGGGUAUAUACUCCCCUCCCACGUAUGUUGUGUGUAAUGGCUACGAUACAUUCAUUGUCGAUGCAAUAUAUUCCCCGUGGUGUACCUUCGUAUGUAUUUUAUUCUUGAUUAUUUCAUUUCUUUUUGUAAUAAAAUGAUAUCGAACAUUUA